CGGCGAUAAUUUUGAGAGAUGGAUCAUCGUUCUUCCGUCGCGGCCUCAUCGCGUCACAUCAAGAGCAUCAAAGACUCCGUGUUAUCUUGAUCUGGAUCUUGAUCUUGAGGCUUUGCAUCGAUCCAUAACUGCACAUCCAUCCUCUCUCUCUCUCCCUCCCAGCAGCCAUGGAAGGCCGUGGGUUGACCCUGCGCAGCAAGUCCCGACGGCCCCAGAUCAGUGCUCCAAAGCCCAUCUCAGCUCCUCUGCCCGCCAACAGCAAAGCCUCCGGUGCCGGUCUGCCUUCCGGUCCCCGCGAGAAGCCUCAGCAGAAUGGCGCGACCGCUGAUCUCGUCAAACGGAGAUAUUCAACCCGGUUCAACCAGGUCCCAGAUCUGGACGCCAAUGCGCCGCCGGUGCCAAGUGUGCCUGCACUCCCCGGAGCUUUUGGAGGUCGUGAUGCCUCUCCAGCAGGCAAUGGAGGAGCUGCUUCCGGCUCAUCCCCAGGCCUACGAGUCGAUCUCAGUGCGCUGAGAGAUCCCAGUCUCCCCGUGGAUAAAUAUGUCGCCAGCUUGCUGGCUGACGCAUCAGAAGAGGACAUCCAAGAGUACCAGGAUCGCCUGCGGAAAGUGAAAAACAGAACCUCAACCGACCUACAACAGAACGUCUACCAGAAUCGCACCCAGUUCAUCAAGAUCAGUAAGGAAGCAGAGAAGCUCAAGGGUGAGAUGCGGACCCUGCGCUCUCUGAUGGCGGAACUCACGACAGCUCUGGGCCAGACGAGCUCUGCAAAUGGCCUCAGCCCGCUGUCUGCCUCAUUCGAGGACCGUCCAUCUCGCAAGGCGAAUCGCAGUUCCGUUGCCAACCUUGAAAGCAUGUGGAGCGUGCAGCUGCAGGCCCUCUGGAAGACUGUCGAAGGGUCACAGAAAUUCUUGCCAGCCGUUCCAGGUCGUCACAUCGUCCUCGAGACGGGCCACUGGGUGGAACUGGAUUCUGCAACUUGGAAACCACGACGGCCUGUUCAUAUCGUGCUGCUUAACGACCAUCUCCUCGUCGCGGCCAAAAAGCGGAAGCGUGUCGACCAGAGUAACCCGAACAAUCGGGGACCGGUGCCAACGAAGCUGGUGGCGGAAGAAUGCUGGCCGCUGCAAGAUAUUGACAUGAUAGACCUAGGUGCCAAUCUGGGGUCUGGCUCAAGUCGUGGGGAGGCUGAAGGGCGUGGAGUCACCAAUGCGAUCAACAUCAGGGUGGGGUCGAAGUCUUUUACCUAUCGACAAGACCACCGCAAUUCUUCCGCUAAAAAUGAGCUUUUGGCGACCUUCCGCAAGACAGUAGAGGAUCUCCGCACAACCCUUCGAUCCGAGACGGAGACUGCUGGAAAGGCCAGCGACGCCCUGGCCUAUCUGACCGGAGGCUCGAGGAGAUCGGAGCUUUUUUUUGACGGCGGCGAGAACAUUCGAGACACACCGGAAGUCCGAAUCGACGUGGACGGAAAGCAGCAGAAUCUCCGCUGGGUGGAAGGGCAGAUCGACGACCUCGACAUUGCCAUUGCUCUGCAGCACUUUGAGGAGGCUGUAUCCAGCAUUGAACGUCUGCGGAAACUGGCCCGUGGUCUGAAAGGAAACACGGUCGCGCAGGAUGCGAUCAACACGAAACUCGACGAGCGAGUCACGAAGCUGGCCGGUAUUAUUUCACGCGCGCUGGUGAACAAGCACUCGUUUCUGAACGCGACUAAGACGAACGUCAGCUGGCUGACUCGUCUGGGAUUGGAAGACCGUGCGAGGGAGGCGUAUCUUCGAGCGAGAUCAGAAAUCAUCACCAAGAGAGUCAGGCAAUGCAUCUUCGAGGGUGAUCUGCGGCUCUAUAUCUUCCAGAUUUCUUUCGUCUAUUUCACUCUGAUCCGCAAUACUCUGAGCAUCUAUCAAGCCUGCUUCCCCGCUCUCAUGACAUCAGCCUCCAUCAAAUGGGCGAAGGAGCACCUAGACAGCUUCAAUGCUCUUCUGGCGCGGCAACUGAGCUCGGUGUUGCGCGGUACAGGCGUAUGGAACAAGUGCAUGGAGAUUGUGCACGAGCACGCAGCGAUGCUGACGGAGGUUGGGGUUGAUUUUCAGGACUUUGUCGGCAAGGGUCUUGAAAACGAUCAGAGUCCUAGUCGGAAGCAGAGCGGGUCGUCAGCAGAGAUGUUGGCAGCUGCGCAGGGAGCGGAGUGAAGACCUCUUUGGACUCGAAUUAACGAUACGAUACCCCCCCUAUGCGGACGCCUGCUGGAUGUCCCUUGUCGAUACAGGCUACAGCUUUUUUAUUUCAUCUCAUCAUCAAUUAUAUUUCAGCAAGAAUGCAAUUGUCCAAGAACUUUUUAGGCUACUGCUCCUCUCAUAACACUAUUAA